UGUGGGCAGUGUCCGCUCAGUCAGCGCUGACGGAGUUUCCGGCGGUGUCCCCGCGCGCUGUGGUCACGUGCUGCGCGCUGUGGCUGUGGCUGAGGCUGAGGCGGGAGCGGCGCAGAGGACGAGGCGAUGGGGCUGAAGGUGUUCGUGGAAUAUUGUGGUGCCUGAGGCUACGAGCCCCGCUAUCAGAAACUUGCCAUCGUCAUAAAAGAUGAGUUUCCUGAUGCGGAUGUUUCUGGAAAAGUUGGGAGAACAGGCAGCUUUGAAAUCGAAAUCAAUGGCCAACUGAUUUUCUCCAAGCUGGAAACUGGGGGCUUCCCUUAUGAAAAUGAUAUUUCUGAAGCAGUACAGAAAGCCAACAAUGGCGAGGAAUUGCAGAAAAUCGAGAACAGCCGUCCUCCUUGUGUCAUCCUGUAGCUGCCCAAACUGUACCUUCUCUUCAGCUGGAGUACAAAAGGGAUCCUGUUAGUUUGCUGCCACUGCGCCUUAUUCCUGGAAUCGUAAUGUGCUUUACUGUGCAACCUGGUGAGACCUGGGCACGUCUGUGAUCAGUUCCCACCGGGUCUUGCACUCUGCUAUCUUAAAACUAAUGAUGUUAGUCGAUUAUAUCAGUGCUACAUUGAUUUAUUAUCCAGUCGUCAUACCUUUCAAACGAAAGGGAGAGUUUCCUCUUUUUCCUUCCCUCUACUCAUAACGUGUAUUCUUUUCUCUCACUGAUUACUAGUUCUUCCCUGAGCUGUGCAGUCUUGAGGACUGCAGCAAGUGCUGUGGGCACUGAGAUUGGGCCUCCCGAUGGCACUGUUGAGAUCACGGAAUCUGAGCGCCUGGUGUUGGUACUCAGUCAGCUGUUCACCUCACACGUGGGUCCUGACAUAGAGUUGUGUGUUACAGGCACACGCUCUGGGCACAGAGUGGUGUUUCAUUGGCUAACACCUGCGUUACCAGCAUGGCACUGUGCACAGAGCUGUGUUAGUGACUAGCAAACUUAACUGUUACGUUCUCCAGCUUUAUUUCUAACUGAGCUCAUUACAUUUAUCAGAAUAUCAACUGUUCCUUCUUUUCCUGGGCUUAUUCGCUUGUCUUUCCUCCCAACACGAAAGGUGCUAUACAAAUGUAAUUAUGAUACUCCCUCGCCGAGAACUUCCAGUAGGCGCAGUGGCUAUUUCUUUGCAAAAGAGUUGUUCACAGGCUGGAAAUGCCAACUUGUCGAGUCUGAGGAAUCCAGUUCUGUUGAUGAAUAUUUUAACUAAAAACUCAAUGGUUAAAUUAUGAAAAAGGAAAAGAACCAGUUUCUCAGAUGAAGGCGAAUUUGCAAUUUUGGUUUUAUUAUUUUUCUCUUUUAAAAAUGAGUAAAUAAAUAAUGUAGUGCUU